GUAUUCAUUUUUACUUUGCCCCUAUAUCAAACGAUCUCACCAGCCCCCCAUGGACUACGACCACCACUCAGAGAGCUCAAACACUGAGACUGUAAUAAUCAAGGAGCGCCCGCCAUCACCGCCGAAAAAAAGCAGCAGGCGUGUUACCUCCUCUUUGAUGACUAAAUACGAGAAGACGCGUAUAAUUGGCAUGCGAGCGAUGCAGUUGUCAAUGAAUGCACCACCGCUUGUUGAGAUUGAGGGUGAGACAGAUGCCCUGCGAAUUGCUGAAAAGGAAUUUUACGCACGUAAAAUACCUUUUAUAGUGAGAAGACGCCUUCCUGAUAAUACAUAUGAAGAUUGGAGUAUUAAUGAGUUGGUCUAUCCUGACGAGGAAAUAGAUUUUUCGAGGUAUGAGAUGAAAGGGUAGGAAUCUACCAGGAUUACGUAUGCUCUGUUGCAUGACGGUUAAGAAAGAGAUGUGGUGCGGAAUGAUUAAGUAAAGGCCUCUAAAUUAUGAAAGAAUCUGCCAGAGAAUGGUUUAUUUAACGUUGAUGCAGUAGAAAAAAGUAAACAAAUAUCAUUUGUAUUUAAGGAGGAACUUGACGUGAAGAGGCAGUAAUUUUAGCGAUUAUAAUCUUAAAUUGAAUAAGACGAUAAUUGCAAACGUAAGUAAACGGUCCUACAAGAUAUAAGUGAAGUGAUGAGUAAAUUUUGUAUUUACCUAAGUGAGCGGUCUACUAAAAAAAUUAUUUAACCCCUUCAAAAAUAAAAAAGUUAUAUUUGGU